GGCCCCGGCCGCCGCGCCGGGCUGUCAGCGGGCCGGGGCCGCGCCGCCGCUCCCGCACCCGGCGUUGGGCUCUCCGAGCGGACCCCGGGGUUUGUUUACGUCCGGGCGGGCGCCCCGGGGCCACCCGCAGCCGCCCCGCUCUUUUGUGUGCCUGCACGAGUGGCGCGGACUGGCCCCUCCGCGGCCAGAGACCCCGGUCGGGGCGCUUGGGGGAAACUUGCGAGGGCCGGCGGGCGCCCGGCGCGCGGAGCCCGUGGGUCGGAGCGCCCGGCGGGAGCCGGUGCGGGCGGAGGGCAGCAACUUUCCCCGAGCGCAGGCCCCGCGCUGCGCCCCGGCGCGCCGUUGGCCCGGGUGGGGGACGCUUCCUCCCCGCCGCCUGUCCCGGCGGCUCUAGCCCCGAGCCCAGGGGCUCCCGCAGCCCUCCGUGACCCGCCCGCUCCGCUCCGGCCCUCUUCUCGGGGGCCCUGGCGCCCCCCCGCAGGGUCCGCGGUGGCAAUGGAGCGCGCGGCUGGUCCUCUCCGAAAUGCCUUCUCGGGUCGGGUUCUCGAAGGCAAAGCCCCGGGGGCCCCCCUCGACUGUGGCGUGCUGGGCCACGGUCCGCGCGCCGAGCCCGGGGCGCCGUGGGGGGAUCAUGCGGGGGCCCCUCAUCCGGCCCCGGUGCCGCCGCGGUGCCCAGGGGGCGCGUUCCUGCCUGCCACCCCCCACCCAGAGGAGCGGCGCACCCUUGGGGGUCACCCCGAACCUGCCGGCUCCGCGCUCGCGGCGCCUGGACAGCCCCGGGACUCUGCCAGGUGGAUGUUGUGCGUAGCCGGAGCCAAGUUGAAGAGGGAACUCGAUGCCACCGCCACGGUACUGGCGAACCGGCAAGAUGAAAGCGAGCAGUCUAGAAAGCGGCUUAUCGAGCAGAGCCGAGAGUUCAAGAAGAACACUCCAGAGGAUUUGCGCAAGCAGGUAGCGCCACUGCUGAAGAGCUUCCAGGGGGAGAUUGAUGCACUGAGUAAAAGAAGCAAAGAAGCUGAGGCAGCCUUCUUGAAUGUCUACAAAAGAUUGAUCGAUGUUCCAGAUCCCGUGCCUGCUCUGGACCUCGGGCAGCAGCUCCAGCUCAAAGUGCAGCGUCUGCACGACAUUGAAACAGAGAACCAGAAGCUUAGGGAAACUCUGGAAGAGUACAACAAGGAAUUUGCCGAAGUGAAAAAUCAAGAGGUUACGAUAAAAGCACUUAAAGAAAAAAUCCGAGAAUAUGAACAGACUCUGAAGAACCAAGCGGAGACUAUAGCUCUCGAAAAGGAACAAAAGUUACAAAAUGAUUUUGCAGAAAAGGAGAGAAAGCUGCAGGAGACACAGAUGUCCACCACCUCAAAGCUGGAGGAAGCGGAGCACAAAGUUCAAAGUCUGCAGACAGCCCUGGAAAAAACUCGAACAGAAUUAUUUGACCUGAAAACCAAAUAUGAUGAAGAAAUUACUGCCAAGGCCGACGAAAUUGAAAUGAUCAUGACGGACCUUGAAAGAGCAAACCAGAGGGCAGAGGUGGCUCAGAGAGAGGCGGAGACUUUGAGGGAGCAGCUCUCGUCGGCCAACCACUCUCUCCAGCUGGCCUCGCAGAUCCAGAAGGCGCCGGACGUGGAGCAGGCCAUAGAGGUGCUGACCCGCUCCAGCCUGGAAGUUGAGUUGGCCGCCAAAGAGCGGGAGAUCGCCCAGCUGGUGGAGGACGUGCAGAGACUCCAGGCCAGCCUCACGAAGCUGCGUGAGAACUCGGCCAGCCAGAUCUCCCAGCUCGAGCAGCAGCUGAGUGCCAAGAACAGCACGCUCAAACAACUGGAAGAAAAACUCAAAGGACAGGCUGACUAUGAAGAAGUGAAGAAAGAACUAAACAUUCUGAAAUCCAUGGAGUUCGCACCGUCCGAGGGCUCUGGGACACAGGACGCGUCCAAGCCCCUGGAAGUGCUGCUGCUGGAGAAGAACCGCUCGCUACAGUCCGAGAAUGCCGCGCUGCGCAUCUCCAACAGCGACCUGAGCGGGUCAGCCAGGAGAAAAGGGAAAGACCAGCCUGAGAGUCGGCGUCCUGGACCUUUGCCGGCCUCCCCUCCUCCUCAGUUGUCCCGCAACACGGGGGAGCAGGCUUCCAAUACUAAUGGUACACACCAGUUCUCACCAGCGGGGUUAACGCAAGACUUUUUCAGCUCAUCCCUGGCAAGCCCCAGCCUACCCCUGGCUUCUACGGGAAAAUUUGCACUAAACUCUCUCCUCCAACGACAGCUAAUGCAGUCCUUCUACUCCAAGGCCAUGCAGGAAGCAGGAAGCACAAGCAUGAUUUUUUCAACAGGUCCAUACAGCACAAACUCCAUAUCUUCCCAAAGUCCAUUACAACAGAGCCCAGAUGUAAAUGGCAUGGCCCCGUCUCCCAGCCAGUCAGAAAGUGCUGGGAGCGUCUCCGAGGGCGAGGAGAUAGACACGGCAGAAAUCGCCCGGCAGGUGAAGGAACAGUUGAUCAAGCACAAUAUCGGACAGCGCAUUUUCGGACACUAUGUCUUGGGACUGUCUCAAGGGUCCGUGAGCGAGAUUCUGGCCCGGCCCAAGCCCUGGAAUAAACUGACCGUUCGCGGCAAGGAGCCCUUUCACAAGAUGAAGCAGUUCCUCUCAGACGAGCAGAACAUCUUGGCCCUUCGCAGCAUCCAAGGCAGACAAAGAGAGAAUCCAGGCCAGAGCCUGAACAGACUAUUUCAGGAAGUACCGAAACGAAGAAAUGGGUCCGAAGGUAACAUCACGACCCGGAUCCGAGCCUCCGAUACCGGAUCCGAUGAAGCAAUCAAGUCCAUCCUGGAACAAGCCAAAAGGGAGCUGCAGGUGCAGAAAACUGCAGAGCCCGCCCAGCCUUCGUCCACAGCCGGCAGCGGGAGCUCGGACGACGCCAUCCGCUCCAUCCUGCAGCAGGCCCGGCGCGAGAUGGAGGCCCAGCAGGCCGCCCUCGACCCCGCCUUAAAGCCCGCGCCGCUGUCCCAGGCCGACAUCGCCAUCCUGACCCCCAAGUUGAUACCCUCCUCGCCCAUGUCAUCCGUGUCCAGCUACCCUCCGCUCGCCCUGUCCUUGAAGAAGCCCCCCUCCGCCCCCGAUGCCGGUGCCUCCGCUCUGCCCAACCCCCCGGCCCUCAAAAAGGAGUCCCAGGACGCGCCCGGGCUGGACCUCCAGGGAGCGGCCGAGUCUGCGCAGGGGGUCCUGAGACACGUGAAGAGCGAGCUGGGCCGCAGCGGCGUGUGGAAGGACCACUGGUGGAGCACGGUGCAGCCGGAGAGGAAGAGCGCCGUGCCCCCCGAGGACACCAAGUCGGAAGAAGCCAUCGGCGCCAAGGAGAAGGGUGGCGGCAGCCAGCCGCGGGCCGAGCGCAGCCAGCUCCAGGGACCCUCGUCGUCGUCAGAGUACUGGAAGGAGUGGCCCAGCGCCGAGUCGCCGUACUCCCAGAGCUCGGAGCUGAGCCUGACCGGAGCCAGCCGCAGCGAGACCCCCCAGAACAGCCCCCUGCCCUCCUCCCCGAUCGUGCCCAUGUCCAAGCCCGCCAAGCCCUCGGUCCCUCCGCUGACCCCGGAGCAGUACGAGAUCUACAUGUACCAGGAAGUGGACACCAUCGAGCUCACCCGGCAGGUGAAAGAGAAGCUGGCCAAGAACGGCAUCUGUCAAAGGAUCUUCGGGGAGAAGGUACUGGGCCUGUCCCAGGGCAGCGUCAGUGACAUGCUGUCCCGGCCAAAGCCUUGGAGCAAGCUGACCCAGAAAGGCCGCGAACCCUUCAUCCGGAUGCAGCUCUGGCUCAACGGCGAGCUGGGCCAGGGUGUCCUGCCUGUGCAGGGGCAGCAGGGGCCAGUUCUCCAUUCUGUGACGUCACUACAGGACCCCCUGCAGCAGGGCUGUGUGAGCUCAGAAAGCACUCCAAAGACCUCUGCCAGCUGCAGCCCUGCACCCGAGUCACCGAUGAGCUCUAGCGAAUCCGUCAAGAGUUUGACUGAGCUGGUCCAACAGCCCUGUCCCCCCAUUGAAACGAGUAAGGAUGGCAAACCACAAGAGCCCAGUGACCCACCUGCCUCAGACUCCCAGCCCACCACCCCUCUGCCUCUUUCCGGACACUCGGCCCUCAGCAUCCAAGAGCUGGUAGCCAUGUCUCCAGAGCUGGACACCUACGGCAUCACCAAGAGAGUCAAGGAGGUGCUGACGGACAACAAUCUCGGUCAGCGCUUAUUUGGGGAGACCAUCUUAGGGCUCACCCAAGGCUCCGUCUCCGAUCUCCUUGCUCGCCCAAAGCCCUGGCACAAGCUCAGUCUGAAGGGACGGGAGCCCUUUGUCCGUAUGCAGCUAUGGCUGAAUGACCCCAACAACGUGGAGAAGCUGAUGGACAUGAAACGCAUGGAAAAGAAAGCAUACAUGAAGCGACGGCACAGCUCAGUCAGCGACAGCCAGCCCUGCGAGCCCCCCUCCGUUGGCAUUGACUACAGCCAGGGCGCCAGCCCCCAGCCCCAGCACCAGCUAAAGAAACCCCGAGUGGUGCUGGCUCCUGAAGAGAAAGAGGCUCUGAAACGAGCUUAUCAGCAAAAGCCAUACCCGUCACCAAAAACCAUCGAAGAACUCGCCACCCAGCUCAACUUGAAAACCAGCACCGUCAUCAACUGGUUCCACAAUUACAGGUCUCGGAUCCGCAGAGAACUGUUCAUUGAGGAGAUUCAGGCCGGGAGCCAGGGCCAGGCCGGGGCCAGCGACUCCCCGUCGGCCCGAAGCAGCCGGGCGGCGCCCAGCUCGGAGGGCGACAGCUGCGACGGCGUGGAGGCCGCCGAGGGCCCGGGCGCCGCGGACGCCGAGGAGUCGAGCGGCCCCGCGGCCGCCGCCAAGUCUCAGGGAGGGCCGGCCGAGGCGGCCGCGGCCCCGGAGGAGCGGGAGGAGGCGCCCAGGCCGGCGGAGAAGGCGCAGCAGCCGCCGCCCUCGGGGGCCCCAGCCCCGGACGACGCCGACGACGAGGGCCGGCCCCGGGCGCCCCCGCCGCCCCCGCCGCCGCCGCCGCCGCCCGAGGGCCCCGCCGACGGCCCGGGGCCCGUGCCAAACCCCGCCGCCGCCGCCGCCGCCGCCGCCGCCGCCGCCGCCCCCGCGGCCGGGGAGGACGCCGCUACCUCAGCCGCCCCGCCGGCGGAGGGCCCCUGCCGGGCCCGGGACGGCGCCGACAGGAGUUCCGCUUUGCCAAGCACCAGCGCGCCGGCGGCCGCCCGCAGGGCCAGCUCGCUGCAGAGCCUCUUCGGCCUCCCGGAGGCGGCGGGCGCCAGGGACUCUCGAGACAACCCCUUGAGGAAGAAGAAGGCCGCGAACUUGAACAGCAUAAUCCACCGCCUGGAGAAGGCCGCCAGCCGGGAGGAGCCCAUCGAAUGGGAGUUCUGAGAGGGCGCCGCCCGCCCGUCCCGCCGAGCCGAGCCGAGCCGGGCCGAGCCGGGCCGAGCCGGGCCGAGUCUCGCCGAGCUGGGCCGAGCCGAGUCUCGCCGAGCCGGGCCGAGUUUGGGCCGAGCUGGGCCGAACCAGGCCGAGCCGAGUGCGGCCGAGCUGGGCCGAGUGCGGCCGAGCCGGGCCGAGUGCGGCCGAGCCGGGCCGAGUCCGGCCGAGCCGGGCCGAGCCGGGCCGAGCCGCGCCGAGCCGGGCCGGGCCGGGCCGGGCUGGGCAGAGGGGCUGGGCAGAGGGGCGGGCGCCGACUCCGCGGCCUGGACCGUGUUGCGCACUUACCGCCCUGCGGGCCACAGGGCAAAAUCGCCAUAGGCCAAGGUGCAUAUAGAAAACAAAGGAGCAUUAAGCCCAAUCUAUGUCGUGUUUUCAAGGAAGAAAACGGAAAUGUGUAGUCGAGCUUUUUUGUACCCUGAAGUGUUUUUUUUAUUGCCCUAAGUGAUUUCCACAGGUUCUGGAAUAACUCUUACAGCUUUGCCUUGCGCCCUCCUCUUUCGUGUGGGCUUUAAAAAAAAAAAAAAAAUCAAACCCACAUAUUAAAAGGGGGCUUUUUAUCUGCCAUCUAAUGGCUUCAGAGCGAUAAUACACUAUUAUCUUCUUAAACCAGGAAAAAAAAGGGGGGGAGGGGGGAUUUUUCAGAAAAAUUAAAAAAGAAAGUUUUUGUAGCUGUUCAGUUGCCACUAAGAGAUUGCACAGUCAAACCGACUCUAAACACACUAGUUUGGAUUCCUAAAUAUUUUCAAGUAAAGAAUCUUCUCGUUUGAAACUUUGAAUUAAAAUAAAACACAUUUACUCCACAUAUUUUUUAACAAAAAGAAAAGUCACAUCAGGAAACUAUCUGAUUUUGUGGUAGCUGACGUAGUGUUUUCUUGUACGUGAAUAGAAUCCUGACAUGUAGUGCACAUUGAUCCAUAGCUUUAACUGACUCUGGGCUUUUGCUGGCCAGGGUCUGUUUAAUACACUCCAUUCUAGGCCAAAUCAGGACAAAAAGAAAAGAUCCGAAUCUAGGUAUUUUAUAAUCUGCUUUUUAACCUCUAACCGCAGAGCACGCUGAUCAGACCUCAUAUCUCGGAGGUUUAGGAGACAAGUUAGAACUGUAGCAUGUCCCCGUUCAUUCUGUUUAAUUUAUGGUGUCUACGUCUGUGUUAGCGCGUCUGCACACGUGCGAGCGUGUAAAGCAAGGAGGAAAGAGUGGGCCGCCGCGGUGGCAGCAGGCAGUCGGGGGGCCGCAGGGGCCCGGCCCGCGUGGGCAGCAGGCUUUCCUGGGCACAGAAGGCAGCACACCGCACAGCACUCUCCCGGGCGCCUGAUGGACUGAGCCCCACCAGGGGCCGCCGCUCCCCGGGCCUGGGCAGGGCUCUCGCGCACGCGCACUCUCUCUCCCGCUCUUCCCACCACAAGCACUGAGGACUGUUGACGUCGUGGGAAGCUUCCUUCCCUGCAGAAGAGAGAACGUGGCAGUCUGGGCUCUGCUCCCACCCCUGUAGAGAUGGCCCACACUCACACCAAAACGUUGUUGCUCUUCACUUCCAGACCAGACCAUUCAUUGGCCCUUCAUUCAUUCUGCCUCUUGGAACAGUUCUUUUAUGCAGUCUAGGGCAGUCUAAGUACAAAUCAGAAGUCUAACUUGUCUCUGAUUCCUCCUGUUGUCUAUGUGUAUAUGCGUGAGAAUAGAGGUGGAUGAGAGUGUGCGUGUGUGCGUGUGUGCAAUUUUAUACGUCUGUGUAUUUUCUUAAGUACCUGUGCACACAUAGAGUGCAUUACUGCCACCUUUUUUCAAUAAGCUGUUUUAUCAGUUACGGCUUCUACAAGUUUGCUAAUUUAGACUCCUUUAUUGCCAUAUCUUUAAACUAACAAUAGAUGAUUUCGGUAUAUAUAUAUAUUUUUUUUUGCUUAUUUAUAGGUGCUGUAUUUUAUUAUCUGAUUGUUAGGAAGGGAUGAAAGGGGCAAAUAUUCUUUAGAGGGAUAGACUGCCGGCAGUAUUGGGUAUAAUUUACAAGAUGUAGUUGUCAUACUGUAUAUUACUGAUUGAAACCUUUUUGACCGUAUUGUGUAUCAUUGAAACCUUUGUCUUAGGUCAACAUCUUUGGAUGGCAUUUUAAUGGUGCAUUCAUUAUUUCUUAAGUUUAAUUAAUAUUACCUUUUUUGAUUUGGGGGGGGUGGGAGGGAGUUAUAAUUUUCAAGGUAUGCUCCCGCUAUUACACCUCAGUGUGCUUGUAUUAAUUAACUUGUAGGACUUUGACUGUAAGAUGUGAAACCACAUUUCUUGCAUGAUGUUUUAGGAAUUAUGUAGUUCAUUUACAGUCUUUUAACCUGCAACCGCAGCACUUAGUUCAAGUUUUCACAAAUUUAAGAGUCACUACACUAAAGACAAUGCCUUUUCAUGAAUAAGAAGUUUUCAGAAGGCUCUAGGAGGCUGGGAGGCAGGCUGUUUGUCUUUUGAUGGUCGUAUCAUCUCUGAACUUGAUACCUGGUUCAGUGAGAAGAGAAUUCAAAAUGGAGGAGCUUAAGGGGAAACGGAUUACCAUCUGGCUCGAUGCAGGUGCGUUAAGAAGAGCGAGUUUGCGUUAGUGACCCCCUAGGACAGUGAGUAGCAGAGCCCCUGACAGUACUGUGGUGUCCUCUCCACGAAAACCUCGAGGGAAUUUUGUCAUCGUGUGUGAUGAAUCUCUGAAUAUCUGAUUUUCAUUAGAAUGAAAAGCAGGGAGUUAACCAGAAAUAUUAAGGGUAGUGUUUUAGUUUUAAAGGCAUGACUGUUAUUUACAAAGGUGUUCAAUCCGAGGAAAUUGAGAAAGUAGAGGUUUGGCCAUCCUGGUGGCCAAAUAGUAACAGUCUAAAACAGCCACUUUGGCUCUUCCAAGCGAUUUAGUCCUUUUUGUUGGGUUUUGUUGGUUUGUUUGUGUUUUGUUUUGUUUUUUUAAACUAGGUUUUUGUUGAUUUCCACUCUCCCUUUUUUGCCAGACUUACAUCUGGGUGCUCGAUACAAUCAGUUGGUUAAAGUUUGCUUGCGGUUCUGUGUUUGUAUUUUUUUUCUCUAUUUAUUUUUUUUUUUAAUUGUGAUCCCAACCCGAUGAUCUUUUGUGUUAAACUUUCACUGUCUGUAAUACUUCUAAGAGCUGCCACUAAAUAACAGAAACCUUUCAGGGGGUCGGGGGGAGCGUUCCCCCCUCCUCGUUGCACCCCUCAGUUUGAGUCUAAGGGUUGAUCUUUCAUCUUGAUAAGCAAUAUUCAAGUGCCUUGAACAGCAUCCUCUCCGGGGGGCUUCCCUUCAGCUGGCUGGCAUUCCAAGCAGUAGCUCCCACAGGCAGCCGACCUCUUCCUCUUUAUGCUCCAUCAGUUUAAAAAGCUGAUUUGUACCUCUCCCCUGGGGAAAACGGUUCCGUAUAAAACACUAACACUUAAUUACAAGCUCCAUUAUACCAUUUUAAAUGGCUUCUUUUUGUUAAUUGGAGGCAGUGUUCAUAACUUAAGGUUUUUGCCAUUACUUAGCUGGCUAAGUGGAGGCUAGGAAUAAAAUCAGUGUUCACGUUCAGCCUCUUGACCCUUGGCUCCCACCCACCCUCCUUUGUGGGGUAUCUGAGGUGGAAGGUGCACGGGUUCUGUCCCAGACCUGGGCCCGCUCGCUUCCACCGCCUGGCUCCCAGGUGACCGCCAACCUUGAACUUCUGGAUCAGUCGGGAUGUCUGUGAUUUCUGUCCGCCAGCCCGCCUGUCCUUCUUUAGAAAGGAUUACCACAGCCAGCUAGCUUGACUUGAUUAUUCUCGGGGCCGACUGCGUGAGGAGCAUCACGACCCGAGGUGGCUCGUGGCCAGCAGACUGUCCCGGGAUGCAGGCUUGGAGAAGUCUCCAGGAAAGGCCAGCAUCUUGACUCGUAUGACUACUAUCAGACCGCGGCCACUCUGUCUGUAAGAGUGACUGAGGCAAAAAGAUGACAAUUGUGGCCUCCCUGCCCAGUGUCCUUGCUUUUGGCAUCUUUGUUUUCUCCCCAUUUAAAAACCAUCCUGUCCGAUGUGGACAUUCAGGUCCGCUGGCUGGUGGUCCAGACCCAGAGGGCUACAGAGCUUUGGGUUGAGGGUUUCUCUGCGCUCUCUGUGGCCGUGAGAGACCCUCCCCAUGGACUCCCACCCCCCCGGGCCCAGCCGGCCAGCUCUAGGAGGAAGGAAACCCCUCGUCUGCCUCCCUGGCCCGAGGCACGUCAGCUCAGCUCGUUGCCCUAAGAUCAUUGCCCCAGUCCUGCCCUGAGAGGCUGGGAGAAGAGUCACACCCCACCCCCCCCACCCCACCCCAGUCCAGGUACCUUCCCGGCAGGUGGACUGGGUUUCUUUGUUCCUCCGGAACUCCUGCCCUCGCUCACAGCGGUGAUCAAUGAACUCUAUUGACAUUCUAUGCAAUGUUUCUCCUCCCUCCCAUUUUAGAAAAACCUCACUGAAGAUAGCGGAGGGGCCCGGGGGGAGUAGAUGCACGCCCUUCUGGGAUGUGCGCAGCGUGAAACGGUGUUAGUGACUUACUCCAUCUUGAGCUGGGGGACAACAGCCAUUGCCUUAAAUGCACUGUGACAGGCGCCUCUCGACAGGCCUGUGAACACAAAGAGUCUGCCCUUAGCCAUCUCGAGCCCCCACUUUGGGAGGCCAGCAAGCCAGCUGUGCGGGGGAGAUGGAGCAAGGCGAGGUUCGGGCCUGCGUGGCCAGCAUGGUGGGCUGUUUGCCACGUCCCUUCAGGCAGGAGGUUUCCUUCCCUCCCUGGAUGGCCUCCCUGUCAGCACCCUCCUCCCCAUUUGUCCCCUUCUACCUCACUAACCUAUGCUCCCAGUUGACGCCACUCCUCCCCCCAUUCCCGUCAGAACCGCGAGGCACAAGUGGGCUCUGGGGGGGGGUGCGGAGAGUGCUAGAAGCGUGGCGUUCGUGAGUAUGUCUGGGCCUGGUGAGCAGGCUUUCCUUCCCUCUUCUCUUUGUGAGCACAACAUGGACAGGCAGCUGUGCUCCGUGAGGCACAUGGAAUUUUCUCUUGACUUCCACCUGUCCCUGACGCUCUGACGGCUGCUUCCCCUGCAGGCAGGGGCGGUCUCGGGCCUCAGAGGGCCUUGCUCUGUCCUGCUCAGCUGUUAAGAUCUGUCCGAGCCAUUUCCCUUGCCCUGGGCUGCCCCUAACUGGCCACGUGAGGACACUGCCCCAGGAUUCCUACCCAGAGUUGGGGAACUCCGUCUUUGUCUCUGGCACAGGGAGGCCAUGAUUCAGCUCCACUGUGAGACCUGCUUUGGAAGCGUCUCGAGGCCGGGAGAGGAAUUGGCGUUCUCCUGUCCGCAAACCCAGUCUUCAGUCAUCUGACUCUUCCCAAGAGUAGACCAGUUUCUACGCAGUGCAGAAAACCACCCCAGCUCCCAGAGCCGCUGGUUAGACGUGGGCCCACGCUCUCUGGUGGCCGGAGUGUUCUCCUGGUGGAAAAGAAUUGGAAGUGGGAGCCUAAGGAUUUGUGCCGUCAUCGGGCGCUUGGGCAUUUGUCAGGAAAAGACCGCGGUUAGAAAUCCCCCCCGCCCCCCAGUGCUUUUGUGGUUUCGUGUGGGCCUUGGUGGCAACAGGGGAGCCUUCGUGACCCCCAAGGCAGAGCUCCCGCCCCAAGUGGCAAAAUGGUGGCCUGGGCCUCCAAUGUGACAGAGUUCCGUUUCCCGGUGCACUGAAAACGACCAGGAAACAAGUUCCCAAGGAAAGUUCCAGAAAGAUCCAGCCUGUGAAUCCUUAGAGAUGUGCUGAAAGCAGAGGCCCAAACCCUCGGAGUGAAUCAGGAAGGCAGAGGAGGGGCGAGGAGGGCAGUGAGCUGGGCAGGAAAUGAGCCCCGCCCGAGUUCCCUGCCCCAUCCUCCCCAGGGAAGGAGGAAAUGCAGCUUCCCAGUCUCUCCCACUUGCGGGACCCGCCCGCACCUGCCCAGGCCUUGCUGCCAUCCUCCCUCCACCUCCCCUCCAAAGAUACUGUGACCACACUGUCGGUGGUAUCUCCAUUCUAAUUUUUGCAUGAAGUGACAUUUAGCUUUAACAAGACAUUUCCAAAGCGCCUAGUCUCCUCCGGAAUGCUAACUUUAAAAGUUGGGCAUUGUAGGCGAAGAAUCCUAAAAAAGGCUAGCGAGAGAAAGGCAUUAGGCUAUGCAUAAAUGUGCACUUCCCCAACCCCCUGUUAUGAACCUUUGAAAAUAACUUUGAGUUGCUUUCCAUGGGUCAUUAUAGUUUCUCCAGUGACGUUAGGUAUUGUCUGUGUUACUGUCAUUUCCGUAGCGUUUAGGCUUUAAUUUUCUACCACAAAAUAUGCUAUAUGCUAUGUAUCAAGCUUUCUGUGAUCAGAAAGGAAAGGUGCCUUAUAUCCCAAUGUCACGGCUACAUCCCUGUGGAAAAUAAUCAGAAGCACAGUGUGUACGGAAGCGUUGGGACUUCCGUUGGUGAAACCAGACACCGUUCAGCAAGAUGCAUUGAAAAAGUGGCACGGGGCUGCUUUUGUUUGAAAGUUCCUCUCCUUUUUCGUUUUUCCAUCUUUUGCUUUGCUUGCUUUCUUUGCUUUCUUUCCUUUUUUUUUUUUCGUAGUUUGCUUUAAACAGAAAGCACUUAAGUAGAUGACUAUGUGUAAAAAGCUCUGUGCAAUAGAAAUCCUUUUUCUUCAUUUUUAAGAGAUAAUGUAUUGCACACCAAAUGAACUCAAAGUAAGCUUUAGACCAGGACGAUUCAGGUUGUGGAUGAGUAUGUUCACUGUAGUUCCGUUUGUUCAUGAACUGAAGGGAAAACAGGCCUCCCCAGCCCCCCCCUUUCUCAGUUUGCCUCUUGCUGACCACCGAGCUAGGUGUGCAGGGCCCCCAGGCCCCGGGGCAGGAACCGCUGGCUGGGUGGCAGGGGGGUGGGGGCGAGUCGGGGUGGGGGGGUGACUCAGCAGCUAAGAACCCUCCCGAGGGUGAGAACACAGCCAUCCCUUCCAGCACUUAACCUUUUCUUGUUGAGAUGGAUUGACUGCUACUGACCUGCCAGUGUGCGUGAGGAUAAUUAUAAAAGGAUGUUUCCUUGAGAAGAAAAAAAAAAAGUUUAUUUCUAUCCUCUUCUAUUUAUUGUUAGGUUAAUCAUUUAAGUUCUUAUCGGGAGUGUAUUGUUGUUUUGUGUUGUUGCUAUAAAUGCUUUUUGCUAUCACUCCAGUGGUUACUGUCUUCGCCUUCUGCCCUCUCCCCCCCCCACACACACACACCCCAAAAGAACCGAAGGGUCUGGGGAUUGGACUGGGGGGCAGAGUGGGCUUCUCCAGCAGAAUCAGACCUCUGGCUCCAGAGUAGCCGCUCAAAAAUUGGUCGUCUCCACACGUCCAACUUGUUAAAUGAGAGAGUUGAAGAACGCUCGUGUGAGGAGCUACAGAGACUUAGAAAAGCAAAGUUCAGUUCCCCAAAGCCUCCUAGAGCCUCUGGUAAGCCUUCUGGGUUCAUGAAGUUUCAGCGAGGCCUGGUCGGAGCGGGCGCAGUGGCCUGGUCGAGACCCUGGCUUCCGAGGGGGAGAGAGCAGUUUCUUGCAAGGCUCGCGUGGGUUGCUCUGUUUUGUUGGCUUUUCUUGUCGUUCUUGUGGUUGUUUCCCUUGCAUACAAAGUUGGGUCAGAACCAUCUUGGGAAGCAACGGUGAUUCCGAGUCCGGCUUGAGGACCCUCAGCAGGGAGGUCGUGGGGGAGCCCCUUUCCCCCUUCAUGUGGUGAAGCGUGGAGUGGGGGGAACACGUUGCUUGCUAAUCAGGUGUGAAGGUGAGGUGGGGUCGGCCUUCCGGGCCCAGGAGGAGGGGGCGCCCCGCGAGGCCGAGGUCCAGGUGGGGCCACACAGCCGCCCCGUUCGCCGCCGCUCCCAGAGGGCCCCCCAACCCCCGCCUCGCUUUCCGUGCCAUGACUUCUUCCCCUUCUCUGAAAUCGUUGGGGGUCCUGAUCUUGUUCUCGUCUCUCUGAAAGAAAGCCCUCCGAUGAAAUCAUCGCCCCCAUCCCUCCUCCCGCACCCCCCACCAAAGGGUUUUCAUUUCUCUCGAAUUAGUCUAUGCAUUUCUCUCUCUUGAGCCGUUUUCUGCCUCUUUCCUUGAGAAAACGGGCAUCUCCUGUCCCACCGAGACCCCUCAGAAAAUGCUGUGCAUUUUGGAGACGUGAGGAUUCAUGCAAAAACUCUUACAGCAUUUGAGAAUAACUGGUCGGAAAAUAGAAGUGGGGAAAAAAAAAAAAAAGGAAAAGUGGGUUUCCCCGCGUCCCUUUCCACUGAGACCUAGCUCUUUGCGAUGUGCAAUAACUACUUGCCAUGAGAGCGGGUAGCCACGCUCCUGUCCAGACUACUAACGCCGCACAAGACAAGCUCGCUCGCAGAGUGGCGGACUUCUUCCGGAAUACCUUUCAUAAGCUCAGCUCCCCCCGCCCCCAGUGUAUCGUGGUGUCUUUACAUUUUAGCAGUAUUUUAUAUUUUCUGUAACGCACUAAGUCUUAGAUGUUUUUAGAGCUCGUUUGUUAAUACAAUCACAGACUUUUUUUUUUUAAUCCUCACAGAGACCCAAUUGACCAAAAACAAAAACAAAAAAAAACAAAAAAGAAAACCAACAAAAAAAAAAAGGCGUCAUUUUUGUACAAAUAGCUUCGAGAAGCCUCUGUUGUGUUGCUGUGACCCAUCUCUGGUAACAUUUUUUUUUUCCUUGCUAUUUGUUUUCGACAUUAAGAGUCAAAAGUUGAUCCAGCUGGCGUGGGGGUGGGGGAGGCACCCGUCGGCCCCUGGCGUUGUCCCUUCGGUCCUUGGUUAGCCAUACGAUGUUUGUUCUCAGCACUGUACAACGGUCCCUAUAUGAUAUGGAGAAGCAAUAUCACUGUAUGAAACUCACACCAUGUAUUAUUAUUAUUCACUAGCACCCUAGGUGUGAUAAUUGAAGUAAAUAUCUUUUAUACAAACACAAGAA